AUGGUAACUGCGAUGGCAAACACAAAAAAGAAAGUUAAGGCAUCGGUACCUGAAGGGGCGACAUCGUCAUUGAAAACAGAAGAUAUGACGGUACCGCGGGAUCAAACAUCUACCAGUAAGUUACCCAUUAGCCGGGUGAGCCGCCGCCUUGGUAGUGUACAGGCGAAACUUGACGGUGGACCCGAUGUCUUUUUGUCAUCCCGCCAGGGUGGCAGCGAUCUCACCCGCGAGUGCCUUGCGUCACUAUACAAGUUAGCUUCCUCUAUGCAUUCGCGGCAGUUGACAUACUACAGUAAGUCACUAGAAACAAGCCGAGCGCGGCACGUGACAUUGGAGCAGAUAUGGGGUCAGAUGAGCAUGCUCCUCCCGCCUGUCUUCCGUCGCCUACGGGAAAAUGUGCGGCGCGCACAGAAGAUGUACGGCUGUGGAGAAACUCAAGGGUCGCAGGUCAAGCAGAGGUCUAGUGACAAUAAGAGCGGGAGCGGCAUGCACAACGGUAAGAAAGACAAAGAGGACAAUAGAGAGGAUGAUGUUGACGCGUCUUCGGCACACACUUCCCAACUAAACGAAAGUGACCUUGACAAUGAGAUUGCAGAACUUCUUGCCAAGCAGCGUGAGGCAAGAAAACGCAGGAAGAGGAACGCGGCCGACGACUCGUGGCGUUACGUUUUUGGCAAGGGGGAUGGAGAGGAGGAUGCCGAUGCCGAGGGUGGUGAGGGAUGGAGCGAGGGGGAAGAAGACCGGGAGGACGGCAGCGAGAGUGGUAACGAUAAUGAAAUGGAUGCUUUGCGCGGCCGCCGGAAGGGCUCACGUGAUGUGACAGCUCCGGGAGAUUUUGGUGGUGACGGUGAAGAUGCUGAUGACGAAGAGAAGCAAUUAGCGCAGGAAGAGUUGGAGGCCCUGAAAGAGAUGUACGGCGAAGACUUUGUGCCAAAUGAAGAGGAUGAAGAAUGUGAGUAUGACGAUGGGGAGGGUGACUUGGGAGAUGACGAUCAGUUACUCGAAGAAGAUCUGAAGUGGGAUGACCCAUCGGCAGUGUUUAGUGGAAAAGAUGCUGCCCUUAAGGGUGAAGGAGAAGGUUGGUACGAUGGCGAAGAUGAUAUCCUUGCAGAAACGGGCCAAGAAGGUGACAUGGGUGACGAUAUGGAGGAUGAUGCGGCAUUGAAUGACCCCAGUCUUACCGAAUUGCAGCGUGAGCGGCUACGUGAACGGCGCUUUGUUGAAAAACUUGAGCAGGCGAGACUCUACAGUACGCAGUGGGCGAUGUCAGGCGAGGUGAGCGGCAGCAAUCGGCCUCGUGAUGCCUUGCUUGACGAGGCACUCGACUUCGAGUACGCCAUGAAGGCGGUACCAGUCAUUACCGAGGGGUUUACCGCAAAGCUGGAGGACCGCAUCCGCCGCCGCAUCGUUGACAAUAAUUACGACGAUGUGCAGCGUCGCACUGCGUUAUCGACACCUAGUGAUUUAGCUUCAAUGUCGCGGCGCGACGAUGCGUCUGCUAAGGACUCGGAGAAGGCGCGUAUGUCGCUGAUGGAUUUAUACGAGAAGGAGUAUCUGGACCGCGUGCGGCGUGCUGAGGAGAGCGCCGCUGGGGGCAGUGCCGCUGAAUCUGCUGAGCCGUUGACGGAGAUUGAGAAGGACGAGCUGCGUGCCAUUCAUAUGUGGCGGCGACUAGCCCAGCAUCUCGAUGCGCUCAGCAAUUUCCACUACACGCCAAAGCCCGUGCAAGAGGAUCUGUCGGCCCGCGUGCGCGCGGUGGAGGGCCAGGCCCCAGCAAUUACUUUUGAAACAGUUGGGAAUUUUGCCACUACGCGCGAAGCUGCACUUGCUCCACAGGACUUAUAUCGUGGCUCAGAUCGCAAGUUUGCGGAUGUUGGGGUAAACGAACUUCAGCCACAUGAGAGGCGGGCGCUGCGCCGUGCAAAGAAGGAGCAGGUGAGUACCUCACAGGCGAUAAAGGAAAAACAUAAGGAACGAGCCAAGAGGGCCAAGGAGCAGCUACGGAAGGCUGCUGCAUAG